GAGCAUUGAAAAGUGCGCCAAACUUGUGCGCAAAAAUUCGCGCGUGUUGUUAAAACCGCGCAAAUAAAAAAAAUCACCAAAAAAACAUUUGCUGUUAUUCACAUAUUCCAUAUUCAAUAUUUUUGUUUUUUGUUUUUUAAAACUUGAAAAAAACGUUUAAAUUCAGAUCGAAAAUGGAUUCCUCCGAUUUAUUCGAUGAUGAUGAUGAUGAUUCAUUACUUAAACCGAUUAUGUUUGGCAAAGAUAAAACUAGAAUUGAAUCCAAACAAAUUAUUGUUGUGGAUGAAAGUGAUGAUGAUAUUAUUGUUGAAUCAACGAAAUCAAAUUUGAAAAUUUCUUCACCAUCCACUUCAAUUAGUAAUGGUCUGACUAAUCAUCAUGAUGAUGGUGGCGAUGAUAGUGAUAUACAAAUCAUUGAAGAUCAACCAGCGAAUUUGCCAGCUGAUCAAUUGUUUACAUCGAUUAAAGAUUAUCCAACAACAAGCAACAUUUCGAAUGAUGAUGAUCAAUGGAUUGAAUUAAAUGAUUCAGAUGAUUCAUUAUAUCAUAGUACACCUUUGUUUCGUAUGGUCGAUAGAAAUAAUCGAAAACAAUCGAUUAAUCAUAAAAUUUUAUCAUCAAAAAGUAAUAAAAAAGCUUCGAAAACAUUGAAAAAUCAUAUCAGACCUAAUCUCAAUAAAAAUUUAUUCAAUAACAUUGAUGAUGAUGAUGACAGUGAUGGUGAACAGAUAGACGAACAAAAUCGUUUGACAACAAAAAUUCAACAAAAAGAUGUCCUUAAUUAUACAACCGUAAUGAUCGAUUCCGGUCUAUUUGAUUUGGCCAAACAAGAAAUUCAAACAUUAUUUCGUUUGAAAAAUAUUUCAUACUGUGAAAUUCAGGAUGAAUUAAAAAACUAUUGUGUAAGAUGGAAAUGUCAUCCAGAACUUGAAACAAUGAUCCGUGAAUCAAAUCAAAAUGACAAUUCAUUAUUUAAAUAUUCAUAUUUGAACGAUGAUCAACAACAACAAACAAAUCGAACAAAUAAAUUAUACGAUUUAAUUGAAAAACAAUGUAAAUAUCAGAAUAUCAAUAAUGUUACAAUUAUUAUCUAUCAAAUGGAAAAACAUUUACGAUUACAGCAAAAAUUUUUAGAUGAAUCAUUUAAAAGAAGAAUUAAUGAUAUGAUUGUAGCCGAAACUCGAAUGGACAGUCAAAAAAUUGCUAAACAAAAUCGUAACAAACGACAGAAUAAUAAUAAUAAACGAACAUGGCCAUAUAAACAUUCAAUGACAAUGGAUAAUUUAGAUCAAUUAUUGAUUGAUUGUAAAUUUAAAUUCUUAUACAAUUUUAAUGAUGAUAAUCAUAAUGAUCAAAAUCAUCAAACACGUUCAAAAUUAUCAUUCAUUAAUGUUGAUUGUGAACAAGAAUUGGCCAAUAUAUUGUUUCGUUAUACACGUUCAAUUGUUGAACAAAUUUUUCGUAUCGAUCGACAAGGCCGUACAAAUAUUGAAUUUUUUGCUUUGUCCGAAAAAAAUCAUACAAUCGAUCCGACAAAAAAUGAUGAUUGUAAACGUCAACUUUGGCUACAACAAUUAUUACAAUUUCCAAACAUAAGCAAUGAUAUUGCCGAAGCUAUUGUUAAUCGUUUUCCACGACCAUUAAUAUUGUUUAAUAAAUUAAAAUCAUCAUUAUCAUCGAUUACGGCUAUUAAUAUGUUGGCUGAUAUACAAUCAAUUUCGAAUACAAAUCGUAAAGUUGGUAAUGAAUUGGCAACAAAAAUUUAUUUAUUUAUGAUUAGUAAUAAUCCGGAUCAAAUCUUGAAAACUGGUUAGAGCAUUUUCACCUUAU